AUGGCGGCACCUUGCUUUGACGACGGCGCGAUACUCAAGUACCUUGGACUGGACUCUUCCUACGCACCCUCCCCACUACAAGACCCCAUCGGCUUCCUGAAGAAGAACCUUACCUACCUUCCGCCCCAUCUUGCUGCUCAGUUCUCCCAAAUCACUACGCCAAAGGAGCGCACAUCUGUCCCCCGCAUCCGCAAUCGGCGCACCAAGCACACUACAACGUCUCCGAAAGAGCUCUCCUUUCUUGCUGCACGAAAUACCUGGCCCCAUUUGUGGGAAGGACGCGAGAGGCGAGGGCAAGAAGAAGCGAUGGAGGAGAAGAGGUGGGCGGAGGAGGGGUUUAUGCCUGGGCAGAAGAAGCAUGUCAACAAAAUUGGGAAACUGUUAGGAGAGUACGAGGAGGAAAGAGAGGCGGAGAGGGUGCGAGAAUUGAGGCGGGAGCGCGUUUCGACCGUACCUGCGCCCGAUCCUGAGGAUGACUUCGUACCGGAGGAAGAUAGUGAAAGCGAAGAUGAGGAUGAAGAUGACGUGGUUGGUCGGAUGAAUUCCCUGGCAAUACAUCCACCUGCACCACCUCUUCCGCCAGAGCCCGAAGAGACGGACGCUGAUCGUCAAGCGCUAUUCGAGAGGAUCAUCCGCGAGAGGUUCAUAUACGGGUUGCUAGACGGUAUAGACUACGAUGAAGUCGAUUGGGACGAGUCCUUGGAUAGCGACGAGGACAGGGAGGCCGAAGAGCGAUGGUUCGACGAA